UCUUUCACACACUCUUAGCAGUCAGCACAACACGGCUCUACGCUGAUGACAGCCCAUGAGAGCAGUCACAUGACCCGCUGUCACAUGAUGAGAUCACAUGGCCUGUUCCUCCUGCUCUACCUCCUGUGGCUCUGCUGGGGGACGUCAGAAGCUCUGAGUCAUGGAUCCUGCCCAACUGGAGUCACAUGUGCGCAGAUGGAGCCUGCAGAGAAGUUCCUGCAGUGUGUAGGGCUGCCCCCCACAGACACCGGCUCUGACCACCUGCACAGGCUGCACUCCAUCAUGGAGGCUCUCAUGGACAUCUACACCUUCAUGCGCACCAGCGUGAGGGGAGUGCCCGUGCUGAGCCUGCAGGGGGCGCUGGACGUGAGCCUGACAGCAGAGCCUCUCCAGAACGACGCGCUGGUGCACAUGUGGCUGCAGGUCAAGAUCAAGCCCCUGCUCCACUCUGUGUCCAAACAGCUGCUCUCCUGCCUCAGCGUCAAGAACUUCAGCUGCUCCACCUACCAACUCAUGGUGCAGGAGCUGAGUGUGCACUUCUCCGACAUGGACCCAGUGCGACAGAGGUGGAUCUACGACUUCUUCAUGUACCCCUUCCUGUCCCGGGAUGACGUGGCAGGCUGUGUGGACCCGCAGCAGAACAACAUGGAGUGGCUCAUGAAGAACUUUGGUGCGUUCAAGGCCAUGGCCCAAAUGAAGGACUUCUCCACUCUCAACAUGUACUUCAGUGGAUUGGAGGUUCUGGAUCUCCUGACCCCAGAGCAGAAGGCUGGGCUCCUGCUUAGUCCAGAGGUGGCUGGGCUGGACAACGGGACCCUGCACCUGGUGUUCAACAGUAUGAUGGGACGUCCACACCCCACCUCCACCAGCAGCCCCGGGACCCACUCCAUGAGGACCACUUCUGGAUACAGCUACACUACAGCACCUUCAUUCGAAUGGUAUCAGAAGAGCACCACCCAGCCCUCUAUCAGCCAGGUGGUGAAAGGAUUCAUGGGAGCAUUCAAGCCCAUCAGCAGCUUUGUCCAUGAGUUUGUGUCCUUCACCAAUCAGAGGGACGUGUCCCAGAUCCGGAGCACCUCUCUUGCUCAGUUCCUGUUAAACUUCACGAUAUCGGAGGUAGCCUCCAUGUUCAAGGCCCCCACCCCAGAGUCUGCUCCAGUCUUCAACCUGACCAGUGUGGAGGACUGGUACCUGCAGGUGGUGGUGCCAGUGCUGAACAGGUUUCUCCCCAAAGAGGUCAUCACACAGACCAACGUGUCCAUGGCCUUCUACUCUCUCUUUUACCUGGAGCAUGGCAUGAAUGAAACCGCCUCUGAGCUGGAGGACGUGUGCAGUCUGAUCUUGGACCAGGGCCAGUGUGGGCUCACAGACGUGGUGCAGGAUGUGGCCCAGGUCCUACACUGUGCUGCUCAGACAGAUUUCACCAUGACGGAGGAGAACGUCCUGAGUCUGUUGACCGGACUGGCCCACAGGUCCUCCUCUCUGCUGCAGGAGCUCUCCUCUAUGGACCUCCGUGUUGUGUCUGCAAACAUCAGGCAGAUCUUCAGUGGUACCACCUCUCCAGCUCUGAUGCAGAAGCACAUGUCUGAUCCCGCCUUCAUCCAGACUUGGUUCCAAGUCAAACUGCUGCCCCUCCUGCCGGACGUGUCCCCAGAGCUGCUGUCCUGUCUGAGCCGAAAGAACUUCUCGUGCCCUGUCUACUACACCAUUGUGCGGGCCCUCAGUGAGCACAUGGACAUGAUGGAGGCCAGUCCUGAGGCUGGUCAGAACAUCUACGAUAACUUCAUCUACCCCUUCCUCAUGCUCCACAACUCCUCUGAUGCUCAGUGUAUGUCCAACAGCAGUGUCUUGUGGCUCCAGCAGAACUUUGGCUUCUUCUCACGCUUCGCCUCCAUCACAGACUUCUACCUACUCAACCCAUUCUUCUCUGAGCUGGAGGUACUGUUCUUCUUGAGUCCUGCGCAGACGGCCCAGCUGCUGCUCCUGCCUCUGCCCUCUCUCGCAGACAAAGCCCAGGUGGUGGAGGAGGUUUUUGACUUCCUCCUCUCAGCCCCAGCCUCACACUUCAGAGAGGUGAUGAAGGCCGUGCUCACACUGGCCUCACAGGUGGACGUGCCAUGUCCUCUCUACACACAAAUGUUAGUGCGUCUGUACGGCUCUGUCCCCUCUGUGUCCCCGGAUCUGGAGCCUGAGGUGUGGGCUUCUAUAGAGGAAGUCAUGAACAUCGCACCACAGGAAUGUGUUCCAGAAAACAUGACGUGCCCAGUCACACAAUUCAACAGUACAGAAGUGUGUGGACGUCUCAAUGUGUCCUGGACCUUCUCCAACUUCUCUGUGGACACUAUGUGUGACUUCCCUCUAGAGCAGUACGCCUGUCCUCAGCUGGAGAACUUCACUGCGGCUCACCUGGCCUCCCUGCUCUCCUGUGACCUGGAUGUGAACAGCAGUCACUCCACCGUGCUCUGGAAGCUUCUACUCACCAGGCUCUCCUCCAUCUUAGACCCUGCUCUGGACCUGCUGGCUGCUAAGCAGAUGGCCAGUGUGUGUUCUUCUGCCCCUGAGAUCCUGGACGUUCUGGGGGAGAUCAGAUUGUCCAUGCUGACGGACCAGGAGCUCCAGAACCCCAGCCUGCUCCACACGUGGUUCUCCCAGCGCCUCCGAGGCUUCCUCCCACACGCCUCCGGAAGGUUCCUACGCUGUCUGAGCCAACGCAACCUCAGCUGCUCCUCCUACCAGACCAUUCUGCAGACCUUCAGUCAGGACUUUGAGCAGAUGUCUCUACAGCAGCAGCGCGUGGUCCUCAAGAACUAUAUCAUCCGCUUCCUCUAUAACCCCCUCUCAGGUCCCAGUUGUGUGUCUAUGAACAGCUCUGAGUGGCUUCUUUUGAACUUGGGGCCCUUCGCUGGGCUCCUGCCUCUCCAACACCUGCUGCAGCUCAACCCAACGCUCAACCCACUGGACGUCCUGUCUCUGCUGACGCCCGAGCAGAGUGCACAGAUGCUGACCCUGCCUCUGCCCACAGACAAAGAGACCAUCAUCAACACACUCUUUGACUUCUACACACAGGGCCCUGCCAAACAGCACCUGCCCCUGCUCCUGUCUGCCCUCACACUCUUCGUCCCACAGGGAAACCUGUCAUGCUCCGACUACAGGACUCUGUUCAACAGGCUGGACUUGGCCAUCGUCUCCGUUUCCCUGGCGACUGAAUCCGCCAUCAUCAGAACCAAGAUGGCGCUGGCCCCACACGUGCCACAUGGAUGUAUCAUUUACGAGGGAGAGUGCACAGUGACACUUCGGAAUGAGACAGAGAUCUGUGCUGAGGUGAACAGCACGUCUCUGCAGCUCCUCAUUGACCAGGGGAAGAUGGGCGGACUCCUCUGUGACUUCACUGUGGAACAACUGGCCUGUGCCACGCUGUCAACGCUCAACGUCUCAAACGUGGUGGAAAUCCUGACCUGCACACGCCCUCAGAACUCCAGUGGGUCCCGGGCCUCCUGGAAGCUCCUGCUCAGUAAAGUGCCCCAGGCCCUGGACCAGGCUUUGGACAUUCUGGCAAACAUAACCCUGGAUCCAACACAAGCCGCGAUCCCUCUCAUUCUGGACGCCAUCCGAGAAAUCCGACUGGACACUUUCCCCAUGGAUCAGAUCAACCAUCCACUGGUCGUCAAACUGUGGUUCAACAACAGGCUCCUCCCCUUCCUGUCCUUUGUGUCCAUGGACUUUCUGCACUGUCUCACGACCAAACACCUGAACUGUUCCACCUUUGAGCACAUUGUGAACGCCCUGAGCCUGCAGCAGCAGCACAUGGCCCUGCCCACACAGAUGUACAUCUACACUCACUUCAUCAGGGUGUACCUCAGCAGGAACAAUACUCAGGACCCCAGCUGCUCCGCCAAAACCAACAGCAGCGUGGCCUGGCUCCGUGCCAACCUGGGAGCCUUCUCUGGGAUGGCAUCCUUCAAAGACCUGCGCACUCUAAACCCCUCCUUCUCCGCUAUGGAAACUCUGGCCAUCCUCACCGUGCGGCAGCUGGCAGAGGUCAGUUCCACCCCAGGACAACUCUCGUCUCCUGCUCAAGUCGCCAUGGUGAUGAGAUACGUGCCCAACCAGCUCCUCCUAUCCUUCUUUGAAGACUAUUCUUCUACAGUUUUGGGUUCUGAGAGCCAGUACCCCGCACCUGUCCGCUCCGCCAUGUUACAGGUGGUAUUUGACAGGGCCAACCUGUCCCAGCCCUCUGUCCCAGACUCUGAGCUCCUGUAUUGGCUGGAUCUACUGCCUCCCCUGCUGGUCAAUCUGUCCCCUGCACAUGUGGGGCCCUUCUUCAGCAUCCUGUCAGGGAGAGCCUGCAGCCUCGAGCAGCGCGGAGUGGAGGACCUGAACAUGACCAUCUCCAGCCUGAGUGAGCAGACUCAGAGAGACAUCUACCAGCACAUCAUGCUCAGCCUCCAAGGCCCUGCAGCCCUGCGUUGCUAUGGAAACAACUACAACCACAGCUUCUACCGCUUUUUGGAAAGCACCUUCAUGGGCUUCCAAUUCCCCAACCUGACCUCCAUCCUGUCCCUGAUGCCCCAAGACCAGAUGCUCCAGCUCCUGAACUCCAUGUCUGCCUCAGAGCUGGGCCAGCUGCUGUGGAGACCUGCUGUUGUGGACAGUGAAGCAGCUCUGUGUCAGGUCUACAGCAGCUACACGGACCUGCCCCUGUUCCUCUUGAAUGAGCCCCUCCCCCUCAGCGUCCAGCAGAUGACUCUGUCCUGUGUGUGGCCAUGGGCCCUCAGGUCGACCACUCCCGCUGAGGCUGACAUGUGGUUUGAUCAGAGCCUCCACAACUACCUGCACCUCCUGACCAAGAAAGACUUCAGCCCCAGCGUCACCUACAACUCCUCCUGUGUGGCCUUCCAAAAGCUUGUGGCAGUAAUGGGACAGUACAACUACAGCGGCACAGGCGUGGACAGAAGAGACGUGUUCACCAGCAUCCGGGUGUUCCUCACUUCAGCGUCUGCCCCCAGGUGCUACAGCCCCACAGACCCGCUCCUGAACUCCACAGCCUGGUUCGCUCAGUACAUCGGGCCCUUCUUCAGCUUCAUGACUCUGGAGGACUUCCUCAUGUUUGGAUCAGUUCAGAGCCUGCAGGUGUUCACGGUGAACCCUCAGAACAUCGCCCUCCUGAACCACUCAGCUCUGCCUCAGAACCUCACAGACUACUACACCGAGCUGGUGUACGAGCAGGACAGCACCUUCAACCCCCUGCUCCUGCCCCUCCUGUGCCGCUGUGUGGCUCCUGGCCCCGCCUUCACCCAGCUCACCACAAGCCAAAGCAUCAUCAUCCUCCACAACCUCACCACACUGUGCACCGACCUCGACCCACAGGUGGCGGCUGCUCUGGCUCAGAACUUUGGGAACAAAAUAGAUGCCAGCACUCUGGAGACUCUGGGGAAGGAGAACAUCGGACUGUCCAUGGGGCAGAUCAAAGUUAUCGCAGCCAAAGACCUGGUGCAGGCCCUGGGCACGCUCAGUGAAGUGUCUGGCUGGAACCAGGGUCAAGCCAGAGCCAUCGUCCAGUCUAUGAUGUCCUCUGGGGUCAUGAAGUUCAGCAGUGCCUCGUCCCUCAUAACGCUGGGCACUCUGCUGGUGGGUGUGCCCUCCUCUGUGAUUGGCAACAUCAACGGCAACGAGCUCCUGACGGCGUCCAAGAACCCCACCUUCCUCCAGAACAUGAUGUCUGCCUCCACAGUCACCCAGGAGACCUUCGUCCUACAGCUGAUUGGGUUGAACAGCAGCAGUGAGGCCAUUGUGGACAAUGUCCCAGAUGACUUGGCCGAUCAGGUUCCCAGGUUUCUGCUGGUGACCAUGUCCAGCAGCUCCACGGUCUUGAAGGAGGUCAACAAGAAGAAGUGGAAAAGCUCACAGGUGGAGCUGUUCUUUAAUGUUGUGGCUGUGGACACCGCCACUAUUCUUCUGGGUGGGACAGAUAACCUGUCGUCCUCAGUGCUUCAGGGCUUCAGCUGUACGAGUGUCAGAACCUUCCAGAAGACUCACAUCAACAAACUGAUCAAAGCGUGUCGCCGGAAGGGCCAGGAGAAGGUCACUCUGGUGGAGUCUCAGCUCACGUGCAUGUCGUACUACAUGCAGAACUCUUCUGACGUCACAGACUUCUCCCUGAUCCCCCCGGAUGUGCUGCUCUACUACCAAUACUCCUCAGUGCCCGCCUCCAGAUGCAGGGAUUAUUUUGAGCAGCUGGCGGAGGCAGACUUCACUGUCUUCUCCUCGGAUCUGAGCUACAUCAAAGUCCAGCUCUUUACCAACGCCAGGAGCUGCCUGGGCAUAAACAGCACCAGACUGACCCAGGAGCAGGUGUCUGUGCUGGGGAACAUGUGCUGCACUCUGCAGGGCUCCUACAUCCAGGACUCAGACCCCUCCAUCCUGGAGAAGCUCAAGAACUGCCCCGACCUCACUGAAGAUCAGGCAGCUGCUGUGCAGACUCUGCUGCAGAGCGGGAACACUCCAUACGGGGCUCCCUCCACCUGGGACAUACAGACGCUGAAGGACCUGGGCAUGCUGCCUCUGUACCUCCAGACCUCCUUCUAUGAGAACUUUGAUAAGAAAACCAAGAAGAGCUUCCUCAAGUACUUCCUCAAAGUGCUGAAAGUUCAAAAAGUGUCCAGAAGCAAGAGGAGGGUCCUGAAGAAGCACAUCCGAGAGUCUCUGAAGGGCCGCAGCAGGCGCGCAACCGGCUGCACCGUGGGGGAGAUCACUCAGGUGACCAUCAGCGAUGAGACGUUCCCCUUCGACUACACUGACGUCCAGCAGUUCAACAGCUGCCUGAGCGCCCCCACAGUGAAGGACAACCUGGACGCCCUGACCACCAAGGUGGAUGACGAGGACUACCUCAGAGUGGUGCUGGACAAGCUCAACGAGGCGUACGCGUCCAGCUCUCCCCCGGACAUCCCCGAGGACCAGGUGCAGCUGCUGGGCCCCGCCUCUCGACUGGCCACAGCGCAGGACAUCAACCUCUGGACUGUCACUCAACUGGACACACUGUCUGCUCUCAUGAACCCCUCUGAUGGACAAUGGAACUCCAGCCUGGCUCAGCAGGUGAUCAGCAGGUACCUGUCCACAUCGGGGAACAGUCUGGGCAGUGCAGAGCUCAACGCUGUGGGAGGAGACAACCUGUGCUCUCUGGAGCCUCAGGUCCUGAAGAACAUCUCCCCCCAGAGCCUCAGAGACGCUGAUAAGCUCAAUGUGUCCGUCUGCUCCACUCCGAAGAAACAGGCUCUGUUCAGUGUGGCCCUCCAAGCCUUCAGCUCCUCCUCCAGCUCCUCCUCCAGCUCCUCCAGCCGCUCCUCUGCGCCCGUCAGCACGUACCAGCUCAUGCAGCCCUACCUUGGGGGAGCUAAUGAGUCAUAUGUGAAGAGCCUGGUCAACUCUGAUGUGAACAUGGACGUGCCAACCUUCACCGCUCUGGACUCUAGCGUAGUGCAGAGCCUGAGUGUGAAUAACGUCAGGAACCUCCUGGGGUCCAACCUGAACGAGCUCAAGUCCUACGAGAACACGAGCACAGUGCAGGACUGGAUCAGAGUGCAGUACCAGUCUGACCUAAACACACUGGGCAUCGGGCUAACAGGGGGCUUAAAAUCCUCCCUCACAAACACCACCACCACCGCUGCUACAGGGGCCUCCACCACCACCGCUGCUCCAGGGUCCUCCACCACCACCGCUGCUCCAGGGUCCUCCACCACCACCGCUGGUCCAGGGGCCUCCACCACCACCGCUGGUCCAGGGGCCUCCACCACCACCGCUGGUCCAGGGGCCUCCACCACCACCGCUGGUCCAGGGGCCUCCACAACUCGCCCUGGGGCCACAGUGGCACCCUCUGCAGGCACCAGCACUACUCAGCCCUCCAACACAGUGUCUACCACAGCCAAACCAAGCCACGGCGUGUCCCUGAGCGCCCCCGGUGGACUGUGCCUGGUACUGCUCCUGCUCCUCUGCUCCUCUCAGCACAUGUUCAGCUGAAGGACGUCUCAGAAUUCAUCUCAAAUUGUACUAACUUUUACUAUUGAAUGUUUCUAAAUCUGAACUCUGUAAAAAAAUCGCUCUUAUAUUUAUUAUGACAGCAAACAUUUUUUCACCUUUUGUAUGAAAUGAAGGAUUUAUUUAGAAGUAUCGUGGGAUUCUCAUUCUGUAUCACUGUAACCUAUGUGCAAUGAUGUAUAUAAUUGAACAGAUCAAACACGUUUUUUGCACAAAUUGUCUUAAAUAUAAUUUUAUUUUUGCAUU